AUGCCUGCCAAGCGCGUCGUCAUAACCGGCGGCUCCAAGGGGUUUGGCUUAGCCCUGGCACGGGAGUGUCUGCGCGCCGGUGACUCCGUUGUCAUGUGCGGCCGCACGGGCACGCGCGUCAGCGCCGCGCUCGCCGCGCUGAGCGCCGAGUUUGGCGGCGACCGCGUGCACGGCAUGACGGCCGACUGCAGCGUCCCGAGGGACGUGGCGGCGGUUGCUGACCUGGCGGAGGAGCGGAUGGGCGGCAUUGACCUGUGGAUCAACAACGCGGGCGAGGUGACUUCCAAGAAGCUGCUCGCUGACGUGGACCCCGACGAGAUCGUCCGGGUGGUGGGGACCAACGUCUUAGGGUCACUGCUAGGCUCCCGCGAGGCCAUCCGGGUGAUGAGGCGGCAGCCGCCUUCCAAGCAGCCAAUCUACCAUGUGUUCAACUGCGGCUUUAGCGCGUGGGGCGCCAAGGUGACAUGCGGACCCGCCGCGGCCGUCCAGAGGGACUCCGGCAAGGAUCCUUGCCGCACCGGGCCGGCCGGCGCGCCCGGCGCGCUGCGCGUGCUGCGUCUCUUCACUAAGUCGGCAGCCACCCACAAGUCCACGAAGCGCGCGCUGACGCAGCUGUGUGAGAGCCUGGCCGCCGAGCUGGCGGAGAGCGGCGUCACCAGCAUCGGGGUGCACAACCUCAGCCCAGGCAUGAUGCUGACCGGGCUGCUGCUAAAAGACUCGACCCCGGCCGCGCGCCGCUUCUUCAACGCUCUUGCGGAGGAGCCCGAGACCGUCGCCGCCGCGCUGGCGCAGCGGAUACGCGGCGUGCAGGGCAGCGGCGGCAGCGUAGACUACCUUACGCCGGCAGACGCAGCGUUCAGGGUGCUGUCGUCCGUGCCGCAGAUUAUCAAUGGGGGGCGGUUUUUUGACAAGGAGGGCAACAGGGAUGCGGAGGACGUGCUGCCGGAGGAGUUCAACCACAUGACUGCAGAAUCCAUCAGCCAGCGGGCGCGGCUGCUGGAUAAUGAGAUCAGGUCUUACGGCUGCCGCCUGGCGCUCGCUGCGGCCUGCCUGCGGCGUCGCAGCAACCCGAUGCGCGCUCACCCGGCUGCAACUGACUUUCUGCACCCAAAGGUCUUGAAGGACGAGAGCCAGCGGUUAAGCCUGGACCAGAGCGGCUACAAGGAGAAGAUCAAGGGUGGGCGGCGCCAGGCGCAGCUCUGGGGAGCCAGGCCUGGCCGCUUCGAUCGGGGCCAGCGAGCACAGCGGCCCUUGCACGGGCUCGAUCGCACGCCGUCCGGGGCAGCGUGA